AUGACGGGUCCUGACCGGGCUUCGCUCAAUCGCCGCUCCUCCACGCAGCAUUACCAGACCUUCGAUACCCCACCGCCCAAGUCGCGUGGGCGACCUAACUCGGGCCAGUCCGAAUCCUCCGCAGACGGAUCACACGAUCCCCACAAUGACACCGCUGAUCCCCCGGGAACCUCAUCGCCUCUACCGAAGAGGCAAAUGGCAGUGCUAGCGAUAAUUGCACUGGCGGAGCAAACGGCCCUGAAUUCGAUCAGUCCAUACCUCCCACACAUGGCAUCGACAUUCCCCGAAGUGAAACCGACCCAGGUGGGCGUAUACGUGGGAAGCAUUGCAUCGGCAUUUGCACUGGCUCAAUUCAGCACGAAUUAUUUCUGGGGCUGGCUAUCGGAUCGUGUUGGUCGCAAGCCGGUGAUCCUGCUUGGUACCUUUUUGACUGCGCUGUGUUUCGUUGCAUUCGGAUUCUGCAAGACACUUGUACAGGCUAUAAUUGUGCAGGCGUUGAUGGGUGUGGUGAAUGGCAACCAGGGUUUGGUGUCCACCUGUCUCGGAGAAAUCACCGAUCGAAGCAACCAGUCGCAGGCUUUCACUUACCUCCCAGUACUAUAUGGAAUUGGAGGUAUAACGGGACCCCUUCUAGGAGGACUCUUCAUCUUUGAGACAAACCCUUUUACUGGCAACGAAAACCCGUAUCCCUACCUUGCACCAAAUAUCCUGUCCGCUGUUGUCCUUCUGUUGGACUUCAUCUUGACGGCUCUUUUCCUGGAAGAGAGUCUCGAAGAUGCAGAAGGUCUUCCAAAGAUCGGCAAAAAAGUCCGCAGCCUGUUCUCAUGGCUGUGGCAAUUCACUGGCAAUGCCCGCCAUCCGACCUAUGUGGAGGUCGCGCAAGAAGUGCCAUACCCCCACGGCCCGCAUGAUAUAGAGACCGAUGAUCAUGACAGUGACCUAGACUCUGCGUCUGAAGUGUCAAGCCUCCUUGGCCACCACGAGGAACUCUCUUGGGAUGAGCUCUUCACUCGAGAUACACUCUUACUUCUUUUGACAUACCUGAUCUUUGCUCUUUGCAAUGUCUCUUUCAACUCGCUAUUCCCAAUCUUCGCGCAAGCUAAGCCUCCGGCCGGACGGUCACUCACCCCAUCUGAGAUCGGCCUUGCUCAAGGGUUCGCUGGAUUCGUAACGAUCAUUUUCCAAAUUUGUGUUUUUAACCGCCUGCGGGACAAGAUGGGUAAUCGGUGGUCUUACCGCGCAGGCCUAUUUGGAUUUGUCAUCUCAUUUAUCUUAAUGCCUUUCAUUGGUUACAAGAGCAAAACUGGCAAUGGUCUGACUAGCCAGUCGGCUAUAAUGGCUGUCGAACUUUGCCUCGUGUUGCUGGUCAAGACCAUCGCUUCCGUGGGUGGUCUGACCAGCGCUCUACUUCUGAUCACAAAUUCGGCUCCUAAUCAUGCCGUCCUUGGCGCUUUGAAUGGUCUUGCACAGACUCUCUCCGCAGCUGGACGUGCAGUGGGCCCAUUCCUCUCCGGAGGACUAUUCUCCCUCACAGCCAAAAUCCAGCCUAAAGGAGAGGCCCUGGCAUUCGGAGUUUUUGGUGCUGUCUCCUUCAUUGGCUUCAUCCUGAGCUUUGGCAUCCGUGGCCGUUCACUCGAAGCAGAGGGCUGGAGCGACAGUGAUGAUGCAGACAAGUCGGACGACGACGAGCCGAGUGGUGUUUGA